UCAGGUGGCGCUGCUGGAUGCCGCUGCCCGCCCCGAGGAGGAAGGGUUCCCGGGGGCCCUGUGCCCCAGGGAGGAGGGGGAGGAGGAGGAGGAAGAGGACAGGUGGAGGAGCCCAAGACCCGUCACUUUCACACUGGGCAACGAGGUGCUGGGGCUGGGCCCAGAAAGUGAGUUUCAGAGCCCUGACGCCGAGGUCUACAUGCACUUCAUGAGGAGCCACUGCUGCUACGACGCUGUCCCCACCAGCUGCAAGCUUGUCGUCUUCGACAUCUCCCUGGAGAUCAAGAAAGCCUUCGUGGCGCUGGUGGCCAACGGGGUGCGUGCCGCCCCGCUCUGGGACAGCAAGACUCAGAGCUUUGUGGGGAUGCUCACCAUCACCGACUUCAUCAACAUCCUCCACCGCUACUACCGCUCGCCCCUGGUUCAGAUCUACGAGGUGGAGGAGCACAAGAUUGAGAGCUGGCGAGAGGUGUACCUGCAGGGCUCCUUCAAGCCGCUGGUCUACAUCUCCCCAAGCAAUAGCCUCUUCGACGCUGUCUACUCCCUGAUCAAACACAAGAUCCACCGCCUGCCCGUCAUCGAGCCCAUCUCGGGCAACGUCCUGCACAUCCUGACGCACAAGCGCAUCCUCAAGUUCCUCCACAUCUUUGUGAGUGCCAGGGCUGUGUGUGCACACACACGGUGGGUGUGUAGGGGCGCAAGCAAGGGUGUCAGGGUGCAUCCUGGCUCUUGGGGUGCAGGGGGAGCACGGUGGGUGGUCCUCAGGGCCCCCUCCGCAGCCCCUGUGCUGUCUCUCCUUGCAGGGCAAGUGGUCGGCCUCUACUCUCGGUUCGAUGUCAUUCACCUGGCAGCCCAGAAGACCUACAACAACCUGGACAUCAGCGUGCGGGAGGCACUGCGGCAGCGCACCAUCUGCCUGGAGGGGGUCCUCACCUGCUACCCCCACGAAACCAUGGAAGACAUCAUCGACCGCAUUGCCAAGGAGCAGCCCCCCCGCCCGCUGCCCGCCCUGCCCGUGAUGCGCCUGGUUCGGGUGGAUGAGAACCAGUACCCGCGGGGCAUCAUCUCCCUCUCCGACAUCCUCCAGGCCCUUGUGCUCACUCCCGCAGGUAUCGAUGCUCUUAACUCUUAGCCCGCGACGCUCCAUCUUUCUCCACUUGCACCCUCCAUUUCUCUCCACUUCAGGUAGGCGCCGUCCCCCACCACUGCGUGCCUGUCCCCUCCCUGCUUCUGGGUCACCCACACCUCGUCACCUCCCUGCUCAGGCCA